AUGGCGGACCUGCACGUGCUCCUGUACAAAUAUUUAACGUACACGAAAUUACUGCAAAAUGUUAUUGACACAGACAGGUAUGGGCCACCAACUCAAAUUAAUGUUCAUCUGAAAGGUCGUAACCUCCUUACUCUACAGGACUAUACAGCAGAUGAGCUGAAGUAUUUGCUUUGGAUGGCCGCAGAUUUGAAACAAAGGAUAAAUCACAAAGGAGAGUAUUUGCCUCUGAUGCAAGGAAAAUCUUUGGCCAUGAUUUUUGAGAAGAGAAGCACAAGAACAAGAUUAUCUGCAGAAACAGGGUUUGCUCUACUUGGAGGACAACCUUCCUUCCUUACAACACAAGACAUACAUCUGGGCACUAAUGAGAGUCUCACAGAUACAGCAAGGGUGCUUUCCAGCAUGACAAAUGCAAUCUUGGCUCGAGUUUAUAAGCAUAAUGAUCUGGACCUAAUGACGAAACAAGCCACUAUCCCAAUAAUCAAUGGAUUGUCCGAUUUAUACCAUCCUCUCCAGAUUUUAGCUGAUUACCUAACUCUUCAG